CAAAGAGGACAAUUUUACAAUUGAAAAUUCAUCGUGAUUCAGAAUCAUUUGGAAUCUAAGUGGGGUCAAAUCAAAUAUAGCCCACCCUUUAUAAUUUCUUAAAAAAAUUAGAUAGUAUUUUAAAAUUAUAAUGUUUACAGAUAUUUCUUAAGCAGCCAUUAUUACUAAAAUAAAUCAUAGUUUAUCCAAUUAAAUUAUUCGCUUCCGUUUCUUAAAGCAUAAAAACCAAAACUUUCUCUUUCGUUUUGCUUUCUUCCAAUCAUCUGCAGGAGUGAAUCGCAAAACCAAAUUUGGAGGAUUCUUUCUGAGGUAUCAAAGCUUUCUCCUUUUGAUUAACCCACACGAGAAAAAGCUCUCUUCUUUUGGGUUUCUCAGUGAGAAAAUGGCUUCGAAACGGAUCUUGAAGGAGCUGAAGGAUCUCCAGAAAGACCCUCCAACCUCCUGCAGUGCAGGUCCAGUUGCUGAAGACAUGUUUCAUUGGCAAGCUACAAUUAUGGGUCCUGCAGAGAGUCCGUAUUCAGGCGGUGUGUUUCUCGUUACCAUUCACUUCCCUCCGGACUAUCCAUUCAAACCACCAAAGGUUGCAUUUAGGACGAAGGUGUUUCACCCUAAUAUCAACAGCAACGGAAGCAUUUGCCUUGACAUUUUGAAAGAACAAUGGAGCCCUGCCCUCACCAUUUCCAAGGUGUUGCUCUCGAUAUGUUCGCUGUUAACAGAUCCAAAUCCAGAUGACCCUUUGGUACCAGAGAUUGCACACAUGUACAAAACCGACAGAGCCAAAUACGAGGCUACUGCAAGAAACUGGACUCAGAAGUAUGCCAUGGGCUAAACAAAGAUUCGUAUGCUUCAGCACCUGUUUAUGUUUUCAUGUCUGUUUCUUUCUUCUUCUUGUUUUAACUUUAAUAAAAAUGUCUAAAAUAUCAACUUUUUCGUCUGUACUAUAUAUGUUUAUGGGUUUUAUUAUCAUCAUCUUUAUCUGAAAUUUGAAGAUGGAAUUCUAAAGCUUGAAGGUUAUUUGUUAAAGUUUAUUUACUAGUGAGUGAUGAGAAACAUUGUGUUGUUGUUCAUUUCAUUUUUUCUUUGUCAGGAAUAUUCAUUGACU